AUGAUUUGGGAAGAAAGACGUUGCUUUUUUGAUGUUUUUCUUAGUACAGUGGGAAUGAAGUGUUUGAAAGGAAGGGGAGAAGGUCUCAGUAAAUCACCGUUAUUUGUGACGUUAACAAAUUACUCUUAUGUGGUAGGAUUUGAUAGGCCAAUAGAUGAGCCAGAGGUGACUAUACGUGGAGAAGUUGUUGCAUAUAAGACUAAGUUCAGGUAUUUAGGAUUGGUGAUUCAGAGUAAUAGGGAGAUUGACGGAGAUGUUACUAAUCGUAUACAAGCAGGUUGGAUUAAGUGGCGAGCAACUACUGGAGUGCUAUGUGAUAGGAAGUUUUCGAGUAGAGUAAAAGGUAAAUUUUACCGAGUUGCUAUUAGGCCUGCUAUGUUGUAUGGGACGGAAUAUUGGCCAGUAAAGAAGAUGUUUGAACAUAAGAUGGAAGUUACAUAA